AUGGCAGCAACCCAGCUUCCGGCGAGGAGCGCUGGACACAAACUUUCAACAGCGGAGGAGAUCAAGGAGUAUGAGAAGAUUCUAAAGAUAAGCGAGGAUAUCUUUUCUGGGACUCACCCUAGGUUGAAGGUUCCGCAGCAAUUUGUCCGCAAAGGCGUGUCUCGCAACCCGCCUGCGCCAACAACGCCUCAAAAUAAGGCGGACAAGAAGGAGGUUUCGCCUUCCAAGGCUGCGUCUCACCAUAUUGCGUCUACAGUGAAGCCUGUCGGCUCCCCGAGAACAAAUUUCACAAAUGGCCCCUCGAAUACAACGGCCUCCCGUAUCCUUCCCAAUCCUGCCUCGGAAAUUGAUCCGAUCUUCCUGGAAAAGUCAGAAGACUUAGUGAGGGCAGAGCUGCAACUGCAGAGACAAAGAGUUGAAAGGGAGAUACGGGAACAAGUUGAGCUGAAGAGACAGGAGUCAAAACAGAAAGUAUCCAUACAGGACGCGACCCCUGAUUUUGACGUCUCUGAAGUUCUCACACGGGCGCAUGAAAUAGUCAAACCCUCCCCAGCACCUGAGACUGCAGCGCCUAGUGACUCUAUUGACGAGAACUCCUUCUACUCUAGCAGGGCCCCAGACUCCCCGCAGCACGGUGACCAUAAGUCGUCUUCGGCGUCAUCGUCUGUACCUGGGGAGCUUGGCACUGGGGCCAUCGGAAGAAGAUACUCAGAUGAGUUGCAUCGGCUUGAAGCCCUCAACCGUCCCGACUCGGAUCAGUCAAUGCAAGAUACUUACUCCAUUGCAGAGCCCCGACCUUCGUCUCAAAGGCAGCCGCACUACUCGGAAACGUACAGGACACACAUGCGCCAACCGGCUGAGCCGUCGGAUGAACCUGAAUACUCCCCUCCAGCUCCUGGAGUGGCGCCAAUGGAAAGGGUAGAGACUUACGAACCCCCAAGAGCCGUUCCGAACGGCCCUAAACGCCAGGUAGUUGAUCCACGAGACCGGUACGAUAGACGGUCGAUCUCUCCGGCAGAUGGAGUACGAGUUGUACGGAAUCAUAUCACAUCCCCCGCAGCUCCCCAGCCGUCUAGGGUCUCCCCUCUCGCCAUUGCCAAGGUUCCAUCUGUUAACCAGCAUCAUGAAUCGCGCUCAGAGUAUGAGCCAGAGCGCCGGGGCAGCCCUGAGGUGCCCGCUCAACUUCCAGUCCCUAGAAAGCGUAGGCGAUUACAUGAUGACAGGCCGGUGUAUAAAACUCAAGGUGGUGGUUCGGUUAAACCCUUCAUCAAAGAGGAGCCUGUUUCCCCUCCUCCUUUUGCAGAUACGCCACCUCUUUACCGACCACGUGCUCAGGAAGGGCCUGUUUACAUUGAUGUCCCUUCACCCCGCUAUACGCCAGUGGUUGACCGACGGGAGCCGGCGUUAAGAACUUCAGGAUAUGGAAUGGAACCUUACGAUGAGGCUCUUGGCGAUCAGGUGAUACCCCGUACAGCUUCACGGCUGGCUGCUCAGCGGCCAAUGCGGGAUGACCAGGACCUGAGAAGAGUGGCGAGUUUGCACCAGGCGCGAAAGCCUGAAUGGGGGCGCGAAUAUGCUGAGCCACAGGGCCCUCACCCUGCUCGGAACGGGCCGUAUACGAUUGUUGAGCGCCUACCGCAACAGGACGGCGCACGAUAUUAUGAUGAGCUUGCGCCAAGGCGUUAUGCAUCACCUCUUCCGCCACAGUAUCCCGAAUCUUACUAUAACGAUUACGUUGUGCAGUCACCUCCGCGACGAAUCGUUAUAGACGAGCAUGGUAAUCAGUAUUACGAAACUAUCCCCGCACCGAAAAUGUCGGCGAUGCCACCGCCGGCUACUCGGAUUCCGAGGGCCGAUUUAUACGAGGCCCCUCCGCCGAUGCGCCAGGCUAGCGUCCGGGCCGCAUCGGUUGUUGAAGACCCUUACAGUGGUCGAAGAUUCGUGCAGGAACUGCCCCAGGGUUACCGUCGGGUGACAGACUAUGCUCGACCGCCACCGACUGACCGACGCCCUUACGCGGCGCCCUUUGAGGUGCGGGAGCCGUACCCGCGUAGUAGCAGCGUGCAGGUUCACGACUAUGCAGCCCGGCCGAGUCAUUACGCGGAAGAAGCCGAACUUCCCCGAGAAAGAGUAGUACGAAUCCCAAGUGUCCGACCGCCGACAACCAGAUACCAGGAGCCCCGCGAAGUGAUACAGCGCGUGGAAAGUGUCCAUCCCGGUGGUCGCGACACGAGCGUAUACGUUGACGACGAGAUGCGACGGCCAAGGGAGUACAUUGAGCGACCGGUUCAAUACGUAGCCGCACGGCCUAUGGCCCGUGAGAACCGGUAUUACGAGAACGGCGAGCCCGAGCGAGUGGUGCUCGACGGGCCGAGGGAUGUAAUCCACCGAGUUCCUCAGCGGUACUGAGCGGUAUUGAGCGGUAGAUUUGUUUUAAAGGAUGAUGAUU